GCCUGGCCAAGUUUAGCCUUGGCCCAGUGGCCACUGCUGGCAGGUAAACUCGGCAUGGCUGGUGCAUUCGGGUGGGCACAGUUCGAUUCUCAAAAGAGUCUGAGUCUAAGUAAAGACUCAUCAUGAUCUUCAAGAAUCAUGUAACUAAAUUUAAACCCAGGACUUCGGCUCACAGCCGUUCACUUGAAUUCGGGCUAUGUCCAUCACAACCUGCCAAGUUAUCUCGCGUCGGGCCGUAUCGGCACUGCAUCCUUCACAUGGUCGCCUCGGUGUAGAGCGGUCUUCCUUCAACGUUCACCUGCGUGCGGUUUUCUGACCCCGCUGCAGCGAACAGAAGGGACCACAUAGUAUACCGUCAUACUCGUACUCGUUCAUGCUGGACCGUCAUGAUCAAUCAUCCAUACGGCGCUGCGUCGAGUUACAUGUACGCCAAUGUGGACAAUAGUUAUAGCCAAUCUUAUGUGUCGCCUCCCCCAGAUCACCUCUACAGCUUCGUACCGAGGUUUUCAGUCGAUUCCAUGCCAUGGUACGGAGCCACUGAGUACUCACCUACUUCAAAUAGAAAUUAUAACCGAGAUUCUCUACCAUUUCGAUGGACAGUUCGGGAACGUGCUUGUCAGUUGUUUAAAGGAAUGCAGUCGAAAGUGAGGAUUAGAUGGCGGCCGCUUCAUUUACGAUCCCUGUUUUUACGCCCUUGUCACUAUGACGUCCGUGAUGACCCAGAUAUCUAUUUCUAGUUAUUUAACGAUGCUCUCGAACUUCUAGGCUGAACUGUCACAGUAUCUGCAAUAUGUAAUUUUAUGAUGACCUUGGAGCGGUGUCCACCUGUAUGCGUCUCAUGUGGUCCCCUCGUGCUAGGGCGCAAACGUGAAACCCAUUACACUACUGCGCCUUCUGGAGGCCGACUACCUUUUGGAACGUCUCUGCUCCAUCUCUUACAACAUGCUGCCGAGUUCCCACUCCACAAUAUAAUACGCUACACAUCUCAGGUAAAAUUGAACUGCGUUAUGACCGUCGUGCGAUGUAGGUGUUAGCCAC